AUGUCCAGCCUUCUUGAGAAGGGAUAUGCUGAGAAGGUGGAUACAACUGUAAGAGCUCAGACUGAGGAAAAGCAGAAUGUAUGGUACCUUCCUCACCAUCCUGUGGUCAACCCCAAGAAGCCGGGUAAGGUACGGAUUGUCUAUGAUUGUGCUGCGAAGUCAAACCAGGUAUCACUGAAUGACGUUGUGCACCAAGGCCCGGAUCUGACAAACAAGUUGACAGGGGUACUGUUAAGGUUUAGAAAGGAUCCAAUUGCCUUAACAUAUGACAUUGAGGCAAUGUUCCAUCAGGUUCGAGUUCCCCCUUCUGAGAGAGACGUUCUACGAUUCCUGUGGUGGCCGUCAGGAGAUAUGUCAGUAGAGCCACAUGUAUACAGCAUGUGCGUACAUCUGUUUGGAGGGACGUGGAGUCCUAGUGCCUGCAGUUUUGCCCUUCGUCAGACGGCGAUUGACAAUCAGCAAGACUUUGGGCCUGAGACGAUAGAGACUGUUCUUCAACAUUUUUACGUUGACGAUUGCCUUGUAUCGACAGAGACUGAGGAGAGAGCUAUUAAGUUAGCAGUUGAACUUCGAGAACUACUUAGCAGAGGGGGAUUCAAUCUCACUAAGUGGAUGAGUAAUAGCCCAGCUGUUGUUGAGUCUAUACCAGUAGAUGAGAGGGCUAAGGAGUUGUCUGGAGUAGAUUUGAAUUACGAUGCUCUCCCAGUUGAUCGUGCUCUAGGCAUAACCUGGAAUGUCGAAACAGAUUGUUUUGGGUACAAGAUCUUACCGAAGGGCAAGCCCUUCACAAGACGAGGAUUACUAAGUGUCGUCUCGUCAACUUACGAUCCGAUGGGAUUUGCAAGUCCAUUUGUAGUAAGAGGAAAACUAAUUCAGCAAGAACUUUGUCCGAAAGAGUUAGCCUGGGAUGAUCCAAUUCCUGUAGUCGACAAAGAGAAGUGGCUAAUCUGGCUCAAUGAAUUACCAGACAUAGAACAGUUCACAGUUAACAGGUGCAUUAGACCCCAUGGAUUUGCGGAACCAGUCAAGUAUGAUUUGCAUCAUUUCUCUGAUGCAUCUGAAGGAGCAUAUGGGGCAGCAUCUUAUCUGGUAUCUAGGACUGGAGAUCAUCAGAUGCACAGUGAGCUCUUGAUGGCGAAAUUUCAUCUUGCUCCAAUCAAGAAGUCAACAAUCCCACGUCUGGAGCUGUCUGCUGCAGCAAUAAGUGUGAAGCUAGAUGCCUUUCUCAGACGAGAACUUAAUGUACCAGUGGAUAGUUCUCACUUCUGGACGGACAGUACCAUUGUCUUAGGGUACAUCGGAAACAAAGAGAAACGAUUCAGGACCUUUGUUGCCAAUAGAGUAGCAGCAAUUAGGAGCUACUCUAAUCCACAGCAAUGGCACUUUGUGGACUCCAAAUCCAAUCCAGCCGACGAUGUGUCAAAUGGACUGUCAGCGAAGGAUCUUCUAGCUAGUAAGAGAUGGGUACAUGGUCCUGAUUUCUUAGUGCAAGGGAAGGAGAACUGGCCUACAAGUCCAAUAGAAGCGGGAAACAUGUUAGACAAUGAUCCAGAGGUCAAAUUAGUCAAAGAUGCCAGUACCUUCGGCACAGCAGUAGAUGAAGGAAGACCCAUGGAUAGAAUGAUUGCCCACUACUCAUCAUGGUACAGGCUAAAGAGGGCAGUCUGUUGGGUGACCAAGUUUCUGAAGUGGCUUAAAGCUAAGAGAAAGCUUCCCAAACCUGACGAGGGAAGUGAAUCCAGUAGGAUAACUUUAGAUGAGAUGAACUAUGCAGAAUAG